AGGACGUGUCCGCCUUCUAAUGAUAACCACAGAAGAAGACAAGCUAGCGGUUACAAUUUAAAGCUUUCGGUGACUUUUAAAAUGCUUCUGCCGUCUGUUAGGCUGGGGUUGCUUCGCUGCAGGAGCUUGGCGCUGACUUCUACAAGAACUUACUACGCUGACCAAGUAGCUCGACUCGGCUCUCAGCCUGAUAAACAGUCACCCGAAUAUCAGGAAAAUUAUGAGCGAAUGAAAGUUCUGGUUGAUGAACUUAAAAGCCGUUCAGAGAAGAUCAAGUUGGGAGGAGGAGAGAAAGCAAGAAGACUUCAUACUUCUCGAGGAAAACUUUUGCCGAGAGAGCGCAUAGACAGACUGCUCGAUCCAGGGACCCCGUUUUUAGAAUUUUCCCAGUUUGCAGCUUAUGAGUUGUAUGGGAAGGAGGAAGUCCCAGCAGGUGGCAUUAUUACUGGGAUCGGCCGAGUUUCUGGAGUGGAAUGUGUUGUUGUUGCAAACGACGCGACUGUCAAAGGGGGUACGUACUACCCAGUUACUGUGAAGAAACACCUUCGUGCACAAGAAGUAGCCCAGCAGAACCAUUUGCCUUGCAUCUACCUGGUGGAUUCUGGAGGAGCUAAUCUACCCAGACAGGCUGAUGUCUUUCCGGACCGAGACCACUUUGGCCGCAUUUUCUUCAACCAGGCCCGGCUGUCGUCAGAGGGAAUAGCACAGAUUGCUGUUGUGAUGGGCUCUUGCACUGCCGGAGGAGCGUAUGUACCAGCCAUGGCCGAUGAGAGCAUCAUCGUGCAAAAACAAGGAACCAUCUUCCUGGGAGGGCCUCCGCUGGUCAAAGCCGCCACGGGGGAGGAGGUUUCUGCAGAGGACCUUGGUGGGGCUGAUCUUCACUGCAAAAAAUCAGGUGUGACAGACCACUACGCAUUAGACGAUAAUCAUGCGCUCCAUUUAGCCCGAAAGACCGUACGACGCCUUAAUUACAGGAAAAAUAUUGAGGUUACUAUUGAGCCCACGGAAGCCCCCCUUUACGCUGCGGAUGAGCUUUAUGGGAUAGUUGGAGACAACCUGAAGAGAAAUUUUGAUGUCAGAGAGGUUAUUGCCAGAAUUGCAGACGGCAGUAAAUUUGACGAGUUCAAGGCGUUUUACGGAGACACGCUUGUUACAGGCUUCUCCAGAAUAUUUGGCUACCCCGUUGGAAUCAUUGGCAACAACGGCGUCUUAUUUUCAGAAUCUGCGAAGAAGGGGACACAUUUCAUUCAGUUAUGCUGCCAACGCAACAUUCCACUCGUUUUCCUUCAAAACAUAACAGGUUUCAUGGUGGGAAGAGAGUAUGAAGCAGGAGGAAUCGCAAAGGAUGGAGCAAAGAUGGUCACUGCUGUCGCCUGCGCCAACGUACCGAAGAUUACAGUCAUCAUCGGAGGCUCCUACGGCGCUGGCAACUACGGCAUGUGUGGGAGAGCGUACAGUCCUCGAUUCCUCUACAUGUGGCCCAAUUCCAGAAUCUCUGUAAUGGGCGGCGAGCAGGCAGCGACUGUCCUGGCUACCAUCACUAAAGAUCAGAGGGCGCGAGAGGGAAAGGAGUUCACAGCGGAACAGGAGGCGGCCAUGAAGGAACCAAUUGUUCGGCGGUUUGAAGAGGAAGGCAGUCCGUACUACUCCAGUGCCAGGUGAUGUUCGGUCACAACGCAUCAUAUCUCUCAGACUUUGGGACGACGGCAUUAUCGAUCCUGCAGACACUCGUCUGGUUUUGGGACUGAGUCUGAGCGCGGCUCUCAAUGCACCAACGAAGAAGACGCAUUUUGGAGUCUUCAGGAUGUAACACUCAUAAGAAAGUCGUGCUGUAUUUACGUUUCUUUGUAGUUUUUGAUGUGAUUUGUUGACCAGAUUAAAACAAAUCAGAAGAAGCUCCUGACUGCUGACGGGGAUGUGACUGGAUGUGGUUUGGGGACGUUUGUGUGGUGAGGUCGAGCCUUGCUGUUACUGUUUACUAACGCAGCGGUGGUCAUUAAAACACUUCAUGAUUAUGCUUCUGUCACAGACUGUAAAUAAACUUUGUAAAGGAUUAAAAAAUUCAAGUUAAAAUGAAA